CAUUAUCAUGAACUGCAUCUUUGUAGCACUGAUUCAAACAUAAUGUGUUUUCGAUACAUUUAUUUUGGACCUUUCAUAUAUAUAUAUCAUUUAAUUUCUUGUAUAUUAUUUAUUAUACCACAGUUUUGUGGACACAUACUGCUCAAAAUAAAGAAAAUACACCUCCUGAAAUAUCGUUCCCUAACCCGGAUGUAUUAAGUCACUUCCGGGUCCUCAAUCGCUUGUACCUCCUGUGAAUUUUAAAAACUUUAUCCAUCUUUGUACAUUAACUUUGACAACAAUUGUAAGGGACUGUACGGUGAGUGCAUUUUGUUGUUAAUGCACUGACAGGCUCUGAUAUUUUGAUGUGUGCAACUUUAGCGUGCAAGCCGUUAGCUUAGCUAAAGUAACCCUCACCGGACGGAGGAUGGAGCCACCUCUCAGUGAACAUGUGUUCAGCCAAAACAAUUAACUUUUUUAUGUAAGAACGGUUACUUGCUAGAUUUAGGUCUAGCAAUUAUUGAAAAUAAAUAUUCAUAUUCAACAUUGGCAUUUGCGUUUUAUUUGGACUGUUAGUGGUCUUUCAAGAGGCGUUUACUCAUGAGAAGUCAUCAAUAGACAAUCUUUGGAUUAACCCCUCUGAACCUUCUCAUCAUGUUAUAUUACUGUGUCAGAAACGUCUGCAAAUUAAAACCCUCACCAUGCAGAGUGACCCUGGCUCUGCAACACACCAGAAGACUAUGCAGUUCAUCCUCGGGGGAAGGUGUGGAUCGAGUGAAGACUUUGCUGCAGCUCUGUGUGGACAGGUACUAUGUUUCACCGGGUCAGUCUAACACGGAGCUGUUUCAGCGGGGCAUGAGCUGCUGUUAUGGGCCUCUGGGCAUGGAGCUGAGGAGAAACCUGCUGCAGCAGUGGUGGCUCUCUGUGACCGGACCCACACAGCAGGUGUUUGGGAUUAAUACUCUGAGCAGCAGCAAGGACACAGCAACAGAUGGACUGAGGUUUGUUGAGAGCGAACAUUUAAAACCCAUACUUGAACAGCAAGAACUGAGCAAGGAGCAACUCGUGCAGAAGAUACAAACACUCAUCCAGAGGUCCCCUUCUCUGAGGACAGGCUUUCUUCAAGGUGCCUUGGAGCAAUUUGUCCCCUCCUUGGAGCUGGUGAACAGGAAGCUGCCCUUCGGCCUGGCUGAGACCGGGCUGUGCUUUCAACCCAGAGAUGGCUCCGGUUGCCCGGCUGAGGUGACCCAGACAUCUCUGGUGUGGUUCUGUCCUCCUCGUACCUCUUCUCAGUGGCUGGAUCACUGGAGCCGACAGAGACUGAAGUGGUGGAGGCAAUUUGCCCUGUCUCCAUCAGAGUUCAGCAGUAGUGACGUCCCAGAGCAGGAACUGGAGGAAUCGGCGACUCGUGGUGCGAGGAUACUUUACAGCUUCCCAUGGGGACAGGAGCCCCUGGAGACGCUGUGGAGCAGAGGAAGCACCGAGCUGCUGCAGACACACAAAGGAGUCCGCACCAAACUGCAGUGUCGAGAUGGUCGGAAAUCAAUCCCUCAUGUCAUCUCAGUAACUGGGAACAUGGACCGUGGUGUGAUGGCCUUCCUAUCCAACUCACUCCAGCAGCUGAAAAAAGAAGAAAGCAAACAGAAAAUGCUGCAGCGAAAGGUUCUGAAGUUGCACCCAGUGUUGGCUCCAGUAAAAGUGGCUUUAGACAUUGGCAGGGGCACCACUGUCGAGCUGCGACAGGUUUGUGAAGGGCUGCUGCAAGAGUUUAUGGAGGCUAAGAUUUCUACCUGGCCUGGGUAUCUUGAAACAAAGCCAACAUCAAUGGAGCAACUGAACACAAAGUAUGAUGAGAUGGGAGUGCUUUUCACAGUGGUGAUCAGUGAGAACACUCUGGAGAGCGGCCUUCUUCAGGUCCGCAGCAGAGACACCACCAUCAAAGAGACCAAGCACAUCUCUGAAAUCAAGAACUUUCUCUCCAGAUACAUUUCUGCUGCCGACAACAUCUAAAUGAACUUUUUCUUUUGGCAACUAAGAGGAAAGUUUGAACAUUGUGCUGCUUUAGUUUUGAAUCUCCUACGGUUCAAUUCAGGCUUUGUUGGAAGUUUGAUGUGAAGAUUUGGAAUAAAUGUUAAGUGAGUUUAUUUCUGUCUCAUUUUAAGCAUUAAAAGAUUCAGAAUGUCUCCUAAAUGUUUUACUUUUUUGUUGGGAUUGUCCUUGUGCUCUUUGCGUUAGUUGUGUUGUAGACUAGUUGCUUACAGGUGACUUUGAGUUUCA